UCUCAGAGCUGCAGAAUCUGGGGUUUGCUAUGCCAGACCCUUCAUCUUCACGCUCACAUUCACUUCACCUCAGCAUACCAUUCACUCAAGCUCCUUCAUGCCUUUCGCUUGCCAAAAUUGAUCAGCUUUUCUUUGACACAGCCAAACUAUUUCUUCACUCUCACCUGCAGCACACUUGCCUUUCCCUAUCAAACUGAAACUCUACAACAGCAACCUCGAUUUCCCUUAUUCUCUUGAACCUUUCACCCUCACUCAACCGAACCCACUGAGGUACACAUCACAAUACAGUCAGCAGCAAUUGGGCUUCCUGUCCCAAAGUCUGUGCCAGCUUCACUCAACAGCAUAUGGAUGGGGGCCUGAUGCUCCUUCGCCAUAAGUCUGCCCACACUACUGCAAGCUUGGAGGGUCUACAGCAUGUCUUCCGCCGAGUCAUCGCGCUCAGCCAACGGCAUCAAAUCAGAACCAGGCAUUAGAAACUCGAGCCUCGCAGUCCGGGCAUCUACCACCACUGGCAGCUCUCUCAACUAUGAUGAGGCAACGAUGGAGAAUGGCAGCACCAGCGGAUCCUUCAUGGUGACGGUCGGCACGCCCUCCCGUGUUGGACGAUCAGAUGCACCACCCCCCAGCGAGCGUACCGAUGAGUGCGAGCCAGAGCCUUUGCUUAGAGAGCUUAGGAUGAGGCCUCAACACGUUAACAUUGGCAGUCCAGCCAUCCCCGAGGAAGUUUUCGGCUUCCAGGACUCUUUCCAUGGCAUCGGCAGAAAGAUCAAGGCUCAUAACGACACACUCGGUGAGCUGCAGGCCCUCGGCGUGUCUCAUGACGUGCCGCUGCCCGAGCUCGUCCUCGUCGGUGAUCAGUCUGCUGGAAAAUCAAGUGUCAUGUCAGGGCUGGCAAACCUAGAUCUGCCACGGUCUGAGGGUACCUGCACGCGGUGCCCAUUGCACAUACGCGUGUCCAAGAGUAACGAUUGGUCUUGUCGAGUCUCUCUGUCGAAGCAAUACCGUUACGAUCCUCCGGACACAGCUAUUGUCGAAGACGAUGUGACGGAUACAAACCCCUUCUUCCCGUGGCGUCGGCUGCCAAACGUGCAGAUAUUGGAGUUUAAGACCGUGCACGACAAGUCGGAGAUCGAAGGUCUGCUGCGAUGGGCCCAGGUGGCCAUACUCAACGACAAUCACAGCCACCAGCAGUUCAUCCCUGGGUCGGGUGCCAUUGCAAUGAAUGUACCCAUUGAACAAGCACAGGCGGAAACGGUGGCCAAGUUCUCACCCAACGUUGUGUUCCUGGAGAUCAAGGGACCCGGAAUGCCUAACCUGUCCUUCUACGAUAUGCCAGGUAUUUUCCAGAACCCGGCGGAUGCGAGUGACCAAUAUUUGGUCAAAGUUGUCCAGAAUCUCUCCAAGUUCUACAUUUGCCGCCAGUCCGCCAUCAUCAUAUGUUCCAUGCCAAUGAACACCGAUGCAGAGAACUCGUGCACCUUUGGCUUUAUCCGCCAGCUUGACGCCACGCGCCGCACGAUUGGCGUGCUCACCAAAGCAGAUCUUCUAUCAGACAAUGCUGACCGUCGUCAGUGGCUCAGAAUCAUGAAUGGCAAUGCCCACACUGUCGGACUUGGUUAUUUCAUCACAUCUCGCCCCCAUGGGAAGGAUCUCGACGAGCUGACUCGGUGGGAGGCCGGCAUGUUUGACCAACACACGAUUGAGUGGCCUAGCGAAUUCCAUGUCUUCGCGUCCCGCUGCGGUGUUGAGAAGCUGAAGCACUUCUUGUCAGAGCGCCUUGGGGAGCAGUUUGCCAAAAGCCUGCCGAGUAUUGAAGAGAAAGUGCGAGGAAAGUUGGGCCGAGUACUCAGCGAGCUGCGAAGUCUCCCAGACGUUCCCGACAAUGUGGAACUUGAGGUCCAGCGGAGCUUACAAAAGUUUAGUGACGCCGCCAGGAACAGUAUCAAAGAGUUUAUGAAACACUUUGAUAACGACCCCAAGGAAUUCAGCGAAUGCAUCCUGGGCAUGUAUCCCCGGUUUAUUCUCAAGGACGUGUCAGAUGCCCCUACCUUGGUGAUUUCGGACGACGAAGAGAAUGAUAGCUCUGAACCUGCCGCUCCGGCUCCAACGGGCGCUGGGACACCGUCUCACAAGCGGCAUCGCAUGGCUCCUCCGGUGACGCCCUCAAAACGCACACGUUUAACCCCAUCUGAAACACCGAGGUCUGGCAGGUCGUCACGUUCCGUCAAGCCUGAAGACUCCGAUGGGGCCACCAACGGAAGACCGUCCCGAUCUGAGCACGGAACCCAACCAGCCAGGGCUGGGUUGGCAGCUCCAACAUCAAUAUAUGCCAGCUUCGCAAAAGUGAAUCGUGGUUUCCGGACUCUACGUGGGGUACGAAGCGACAUAAGGGCGCGCAGCCAGGCUGGCGUGCCAAAUCACAUACCUCUCGAGGUCAAGGAGGACCUAGCCCUUGAGGCUAUCGCGCCUUGGGAUGGGCCUAUGGAUGUUUUCCUCAGCCAGACCAUAGCGAAGCUCCACAGAGCCUUCAAAGAGGCACUGGAGACUACCUUCGCCGGACUUCGACAGCGCGUGAUCUUUGCCGAGUGCGAGAAACACGUCGGGACAUUCCUAGAAGGACACAAAAGAACAAUCAAGGAGCACAUGCUGCAGGUCUACCAAGACGAGAGAUGCAAGCUUAUGACCUUUAACAGCGCCACUUUUACUCAGUACGAGACUGAGGAGCUUCACCUUCUAGAAUGGUUCCGUCACAAGAUGCGCAUGGAGGCCCAAGGUGUAGCCUCCAAGGCCACAUGCAACAAAGAUUUCAACAGCAUGAGCGAGCAAGAACGACGCACCGAGAGCGAGACGCGCAAAGCCGAGAUUGCCAAGAUUGGCGUGGACGACUUUGACCGCGAGAUCAAGGUGAUUGCAUACGUUAGAGGCUACUAUCGCCUUGCCGGUCUGCGGUUCGUCGACAGCAUCGCUCAGUGCGUGCUGUGUCGGUUGAUCCCCAACUUGCAGGAGCAGCUGCCACUGUACCUGAACGAGCGACUCGGACUGAUCGGCCGUGGCCAGGACAUCAACGCCAUCUACGCGCGCCUGCUGGAGGAGGACCCUGCCAUGGCUGCGCGCCGCGAGGUCUUGAAGAAGGAGAAGGCCAAGUUUGAGAAGGCCAUGGCCAGCAUCGGGAUACUGAACAAUGCGGCCGCCGAGGACAGCGAAGGUGGUCUCACGCACGCGUCCGAACAUACCCGCGACGACGACACGGUUAUGGGUGAUGAUGACGAGAUUGAAGUGUAAUGGAGACCCGAUGUGCGAAAUGGCCACCUACGGCCUGCUUUUGUAUCAAUAUUGGCGAUUCUGUUUGUGCGUGUUUGGCUAUGAGGAAUUGAGGGUGUCUGGCUACUAGUGCGGAACGCAUCACCCGAGGAUAUUUGCGAUUUUGCAGUAUUUACAGAGACGCUAGACCAGGCUCACGAGGAGUGGUCAGUCCGAACAUUGUGCGCGAGGUUGCUGCGAGCAGAUGGCGCAGUCUUUAUGAGGAAAUGCCCGACCGUAGAUGGAUACUAGGUAGUCUAGAUGGCAACGACUCUUGUGUUCUUAUAGAUGAGAUCUUCCUGGUCGGUCCUUUUCACUCUCCACGGCUUUCGCUUACAAG